CUUCUGUAAGUUUGCUUGUUUCUUUCUUCUUCUCUGCUUCUAAUGCCUGAAGUUUUCCGCCUACUUUUUGCGAUUUCUCAGCUUUCGUUUUCGUUUCUGUAAUUUCUUGUUUGCCAUUUGAAUCUUCCGCGUGGGGGAGUGGGACAAAGGGCUUUGUUUUCGCUUUUAUCUAUAUGGGGAAAUCUGGGACUCGAAAGAAGAAAGGUGCUUCCAAUCAUGCUUCUUCUGCUGUUAAUUCCACUCCGAAUGCUAAUGGGGGUGUUGAUUUGGAUUCUUCUAUAUUUUUGAAAAGAGCACAUGAGUUGAAAGAAGAGGGGAAUAAAAGGUUUCAGAAUAAGGAUUAUGUUGGUGCUCUUGAACAGUAUGAAAGUGCACUUCGUCUUACCCCCAAAUCCCACCCUGAUCGAGCUGUGUUUCAUAGCAAUAGAGCGGCCUGUUUGAUGCAAAUGAAACCAAUUGAUUAUGAUACUGUUAUUGCUGAAUGUACCAUGGCCCUCCAGGUCCAGCCUCUAUUUGUUCGUGCUCUUCUUCGGAGGGCUCGUGCAUUUGAGGCUAUCGGGAAGUAUGAAAUGGCGAUGCAGGACGUGCAGGUCUUAUUGGUUGCCGAUCCCAACCAUCGAGAUGCUCUUGACAUUGCCCAGCGGUUAAGGGCUGCUGUGGGUCCUCGCCAGGAGGCUCAACAGGACCUUCAGAGCCGCCCGUCGCCUGCUGCUCUAGGUGCCUCGGCUGUUGGUGCUCCCAUUGCAGGGUUAGGCCCAUGUUUGCCUGCCCGACCGGUUCAAAAGAAGGCAGUAGCCUCCGUUGGGGGUGCUACUGGACUGCUAAAUAGUAAAAUGGAUAAGCAUCAAGGAGUUCUACCUACUGAAAAUGGCCCAACUGAACCCAAAUUGCAAUUUCCUAAAGUAGUCUUGAAGCCUUCAAGUGGAUCUUCAAAGGCUCCUAAUGUAUGUGAAGAUAAACUGAAGGAAGGUUCAUUUUCUUCGUUGUUGUCACAUGCUCAAAGUCAACAUCAAGAACCUAAGGUUCAGUUGAGGCCUUUGAAGCUUGUCUAUGACCAUGACAUUAGGCUUGCUAUGAUGCCAGUGAAUUGUAACUUCAAAGUCCUUAGAGAAAUUGUGAGCAAGCGCUUUCCUUCAUCAAAAUCUUUAUUGAUCAAGUAUAAGGAUUCGGAUGGUGAUCUGGUGACAAUAACCUGUACAAGUGAGCUUAGACUUGCGGAGCUUUGUGCCGAUAGCCUUUCUCUCAAGGACCCCGAAGAAGAUAAACCUGCUUCAAUUGGAAUGCUUAGAUUGCAUCUUGUAGAGGUGAGUCCUGAGCAAGAGCCACCGUUGUUGGAAGAAGCGGACGAGAAACCUGUUGGAAUUGAAGAGUUAAAGGGAGAUGACAGCGGGCACGCUUCACCUCUUGGGGAGUCUGUGGCAGAAGCUACUGAUUCUGAAAAUGAUAAGAUAGAUAAGGAAGUUGUGAAGGAGAUACCAGGAGCUUCCGAAGAUCCUGAGUGCAAGGAAGUUGAGAUGGACGAUUGGUUAUUUGAAUUUGCGCAACUUUUCCGAACCCAUGUUGGUAUUGAUCCAGAUGCUCAUAUAGACUUGCAUGAGCUUGGAAUGGAGCUCUGCUCCGAGGCUCUUGAGGAGACGGUAACUAGUGAAGAAGCUCAGAAUCUUUUUAACAAGGCAGCAUCUAAAUUCCAGGAGGUUGCUGCUUUAGCUUUCUUCAACUGGGGUAAUGUUCACAUGUGUGCUGCAAGGAAACGCAUUCCGCUAGACGACUCGUCUGGAAAGGAUAUUGUGGCAGAGCAGCUUCAAACUGCUUAUGAGUGGGUGAAGGAGAAGUACUCCCUAGCAAGAGAGAAAUAUGAAGAAGCUCUUUUGAUCAAGCCUGACUUUUAUGAAGGUCUAUUGGCCCUUGGUCAGCAGCAGUUUGAAAUGGCCAAACUUCAUUGGUCUUUUGCACUAGCUAAGAAAAUAGAUCUCUCAUCUUGGGAUUUUACAGAAACACUUGAGCUUUUUGACAGUGCAGAGGAGAAAAUGAAAGUAGCUACUGAGAUGUGGGAAAAAUUAGAGGAGCUGAGGGCAAAGGAGCUAAAAGAUCCAACUGCAAGCAAGAGGGAAGAAUUAUCGAAGCGACGUAAGAAACAGCCUGGCAGUGCAGACAGUGAAAUGCAGGGAAUAGGUGGCCAGCUCGAGGUUUCACCGAAUGAAGCUGCAGAGCAAGCAGCAUUGAUGAAGUCACAAAUCCAUCUAUUCUGGGGCAACAUGCUCUUUGAGAGGUCGCAAGUGGAAUGUAAAAUAGGGACUGGAGAUUGGAAGAAGAACCUUGAUGCUGCUGUAGAUCGCUUUCGACUUGCUGGAGCUUCCGAGGCUGACAUUUCAGUCGUUUUGAAGAAUCAUUGUUCUAAUGAAGCUGCUGGCGAAGGCGAUGAUAAGGAAAGCUUAAAAAUAAACGGCAAUGUGAAUCAAGAAAAGGAAGAUAUCAUCAAGGAGGUCGAUCACACAUCAUCUAGGUAGCUGUCAGAAAUGACAGUAUCGCAUUAUAUGACCCGAAACCGAUUGCUAGAAUUCAUUACAACGAACAAAGAAAAGAAAUCACAUUGUUUCAACCAGGCAUUAGGAUGACUGCUUUUGAACGACGUAGUCGAAUCCGGGCACAGUUAGCAGCUGUGUAGAUUUCAUUGGGGCAGAUUAUGAAUUCUGAGUGGUAAGUCUCUUAAUCCCUUCACCAGUAAUCAAAUAAUUUGUGCGCCAGAUUGAUGAUUUAUAUCUUAAAGAAAUGAACUGAUUUUGGUUUUGCCUGAUUCAUAACUUUUUGGUAGUGGUCAGAUUUUGUUGUUGGUUGUUU